AUGUCGGACGGUCUUCGGAGCUCGCGGCCGGUGGCGCCCGGCAGCGCGGUGGCCGGCGCGACGGCCUCUGGGGUUUCCUAUCUUAGCCGCGCCGCCCGCCCAUCGCGGAGCGGCUGUUGGAUGGACCUCGUGGUUUUCGCGAGUUUUCCCGCGGUCCCGUCGCUCGCGGGGCGGCGGAUACAGGAAGGGGAGGCGCUCCUCACCGCCACGCACGGCGCCGGCGACCCAAUCACGCGGAUGCGUCUGACGUUUGAGCUCUUCGACGACGAAUGCCCGAUCACCUGUGGGUAUUUCCGACGGCUGUGCGCCUCGCCACCGUCCCCGGCGAUCCCACCCACCACGGGCGGGAGAGGGGCGAGCGCGGAUCCGUUUGCCGGCCUCCGUGUGGUGGGAAGUCCGCAAGGGGGCAGGCCGUAUUAUUACUACUAUCAAGACCUCACGCCGUCGUACCGCGGGACGUUUUUCCACAAAAUCAUCCCCCGUUUCUGCGCGCAGGGCGGGGAUAUCACGAUGCAAUUGGCGCCUGGAGGGGCGAACCACUUCAACGGCGGCGGGCGCGUCGCCGGGUGGUUUCCCGACGAGUCGAAGAAACGCCGCUUCAACGAGGUCGGCCUGCUCGGGAUGGCGAACAACGGGCCGAACAGCAACGGCACGCAGUUCUUUAUCGCGACCUGUAGCGACCAGGAGCCGGCCCUCAACGGGCGGCACGUCUGCUUCGGCCGCGUCAAGGAGGGGUUGGAAUCGUUUCUCGCCGCAGUCGCCCCGUUCGGCGAUCCCGCGGGGAUCCCGUCGCGGUACGUCGUCGUCCUGGAUUGCGGCGAAGGCGAACCCCCGGAAUCGGACGAUCUCGACCCCACCCCUCGCUAG